AUGGGAACUGAAGAUAAAACGUUGCUUUGUUACUGUCAUUGGGGAAGAAAGAAUAAGGUGCUACGAAAUGGAUCCAUUUUGUAUAUGGGAGGUAUUACUGAUCAGAUUAUUAUGAAGACAGGUAUAAAGUACAAUGAUUUUGUGAAUGUAGUUUUUGACCGAUUAGGCAUUGAUCCUUCAGAUAAGAUCUUGCAUUUUACAGUGAAGUUUGAUAGGUCAGAAUUGAUACGGCUGAGGGACCAAGAAGGUGUUGAUACCCUGUUACAAUUUAAUGAUGAUUUUGCUCAUGUUUAUGCAUCAAGUUUGGAAAAGGAGCUUUAUUCUAGACUGCCCUCAUGUGGCCCGGCAAAGGUUGAACUUAUUGGAAAAGCAAUUUCUGAUAGUAAUCCUGCAAAGGUGUAUGAUUAUCCUGAUCCUCAAUUCAUCAGUGAUUUUGACAAGCAUAAAGCAGAUAAUUGCUUUGCAAUUGACCAAAUCUGGGCUUGCUACGAUACGGAUGAUGUUAUGCCAAGAUUCUAUGUCCACAUUAGGAAGUUGGUUCCGCGUUCUUGGCUCGAGCCUCAACCAGAAGAUCAAGAAGACAGAGCUUGGGUCAGGGCAGAGUUGCCUGUUGCCUGUGGAAACUUUAAACAUGGGUGUACUGAUUCCACCUCUGUUCAACUUACAUUUUCUCAUCAAGUUCAGUGCGAAAAGGGCAAGAGAGGUUUGUACGUUGUAUAUCCUAGGAAAGGGGAAGCGUGGGCACUUUUCAAGGAUUGGGAUAUUUGUUGGAGCUCGGAUCCAAAGAACCAUAGGAAGUACAACUACGUAGUUGUGGAGAUUCUUUCUGAUUAUGUUGGGGAUGUUGGUGUCCUAUUUGGUUACUUAGAUAAAGUGACUGGUUUUGUCAGCCUUUUCCAGCGAACAAGGAUUAUUGUAUUUGAUACAUUGUGUUGAGGAUUUUAAGAUGGAAAAGUCU